ACCCCGUUGAGUUGACUUGCAAAGGCAAUAUGAGAACCAUACAUAUAAUUUCCCCUCUCUGGCUCUCAUAAUCCCCGGUUUAUGCUUACAAAACCAGAUCUGUUGAUCGAUAUUUAUCGAUUUCGGGAUCAUUCACGUCAAAAUGAGUGCAGCCAUGACUAUCAGCGUGACGGACACGGCCAGGUUUAGAUUAUUUUAACAACAAACAGAUUCAGUUCGAAAGUUAAUUGAGCCAUAAUAUGACUAAUUAUUCUAACUCAACUCAUUGAGAACGCAAUUUAAGUUAUUGUCAACAAACAUCUAGUUUGACAGGCACAUGCGAAAGUGGCAAGCGAGUCAACUAUAAUCUUAAUAGAUCUGUCACAUUCGCUAUAAUUUGGAGCUCUAAAGCUUCUGCAGAAAUAUGUAAACGUAAUGUAGAAGAUAAAUAGUUGACAGGCUCCUAAAGUCCACUAUUUUAGUUAACAUGCAAAUUUCUGCAGCCUGUUAUAAAACCCGUCGAGUUUGGCUUGGGAAAAGACACUGUCCACAAUGCAUUUGAAGGUUCUGCAAUUGACAAUCGUCGCAGUAGCAUUUAUUUCCAGCUCUACAUAUUCUGCGAGCUUGGAACGAAUUAUCAAUGGGUCUGCGGCAAGGCCAAAGGAGCUGCCGUAUCAAGUGUACUUCUAUGCCUUCAUUGUGCCUGUAGGCUGGGCAAGAACCUGUGGCGGAAGCAUAAUUUCCCCGCGCCUAAUUCUCACAGCUGCCCAUUGCCUAAAAGGCGAUAUCACUCACAUUGAUGUUUAUCUGGGCGCGAAUAAUGUAACAAAUAUUGAGGAAAAAGGCCAACAACGUUUGCUACUCGACAUCUCCCAUGUGGUGCUCCACGAGGCGUACAAUCCCAACACGUUCAUAAACGACAUUGCGCUAAUCAAACUGCCAGCCGAUCUACAAUUCGAUGACUAUAUACAAGCAGUUGCUCUGCCCGAAGAUGAUCUAACUAGCUACUCACAUCGAGCGGCAAUUGCCAGCGGCUGGGGCUUGGUCGAUUUUGUUCAUCGACGACGAACCGACAUACUUCAAAAACUGGAUGUAAUAGUUAUGUCCAACAAUGAGUGCAGCGCUGAAAUACUUAAGAGAGCCCCGGGCAAGUUCUUUACAAGCUCAUUCAUAUGUUUAAUGCCGCCGAAGGGCACAAGUCCAUGCAAUGGAGAUUCUGGUGGACCGCUUGUUGUGAAGGACUCCUUUAACAAGCCUCUACUGAUUGGCAUCACCUCGCAUAGCAUCUAUGCGUGUGAAAAAGGCGAACCAUCAGUAUAUACACGAGUUGCAGCCUUCUUGGACUGGAUUGAGCAAGAGGGUAGAAUUCAGUCAUGGUAAGAAAAACCCUUUUGUUUUGAA